UACGUGCUGCGUCACGCCUACGCCAGCGCGUCGAGAGCCACAGCUCCGCCAUAUUGCAGGAAAUCCGUCUGAGGUUUAGAGAUUAGCGUUUAAUCUGAGGAGUUGGGAACGAGAGUGUGAUUGGAAGUUACUGCUAGCCAUAUGGUUAGCUCGAGUGGGUGGGUAGCUCGCGCAAUCGCUGUUCUCACACGAGAGGACAUAUGUUUAUGAAGACAAAUCGGCGCGUCUCGGCACGUUAUUAUUAUUAUGCCGAACUCUCUUAUGAGUGUCUAGCUAAACUGGCGAGUUGACAUUCUGACUCUGAAAAGUGGAAAAUCGGAUUAACGUUCAAGACUGCGCACCAAACCCUAAUCAUCUGUGUCGCUGGCUCCCGCUGCCACGAGCCCAAGAUAUCUGAAAGAGAAAGGCUGGUUGCUCGAUAGAUAGCUCAGUGUCAGCAGGAAAACACCAAGACCUGGCUCGAUUCGACUAGCUUGUAGAUCGGUGGUUGUGUUUCUGUCAGCGAGGGCAAGCGUUCGAGUCGGUGUGUCUGCUGCCGAUGAUAUUAUGCUGCCCUGUGACCCGUGUACCCAACUGUGUUUCAGUGUUGACUAAAUUAGCUGUGUUAGAGUGUUAAACCUGCCUGCUGGGCUGAAUUUGAACUGUUCUCGGACCCUUUGGAGUCGCUGGCCACUUUGCGAUUUCUUCUUUCUCGGACUGGCCCCAACAAACACGGAGGAUAUCUUUGCUUAUUUACUGGCUAAUAAAUCCUGACUGAACUGUGAGAAGAUGUCGACCAAAGAACCGAAAGAAAAGCUGUCGACCACUGACCGAAUUAUUAAAACAGUGCCACUGCCCCCUCACCAGUGGCUGACAGUGAAGGACCUGUUUGUGGAUGGUAAACCCAGUGCUGAGAUACUGAAGAACCAUUUGAUCAAAGAGGGACGUUUGGAGGAGGACGUUGCGCUGCGCAUCAUAAAUGAGGGUGCCAACAUCCUUAGGCAGGAGAAGUGCAUGCUAGAGGUGGAGGCACCAAUCACUGUAUGUGGUGACGUUCACGGACAGUUCUUCGACCUCAUGAAGCUCUUUGAAGUUGGUGGUUCCCCCGACAACACGCGCUAUCUCUUCCUGGGCGAUUAUGUGGACAGAGGAUACUUCAGUAUUGAGUGUGUGCUGUUUCUGUGGACACUGAAGAUCAACCACCCCAACACCCUCUUCCUCCUCAGAGGCAACCAUGAGUGUCGGCACCUCACAGAAUACUUCACCUUCAAACAGGAAUGUAAAAUAAAGUAUUCAGAGAGGGUUUAUGACGCAUGUAUGGAGGCCUUUGACUGCUUGCCUCUUGCAGCUCUUCUAAACCAGCAGUUCCUCUGUGUACAUGGUGGCCUCUCACCAGAAAUCAACUGCUUAGAUGACAUUAGGAAAUUAGACCGGUUUAAGGAGCCCCCGGCCUUUGGGCCUAUGUGUGAUUUGAUCUGGGCCGACCCGGGAGAGGACUAUGGCAGUGAGAAGACGGCAGAGCAUUUUAACCACAACUCAGUCAGAGGCUGCUCCUAUUUCUUCAGUUAUGCAGCAGUCUGUGACUUUCUGACAAACAAUAACCUGUUGUCAGUAAUUAGAGCACAUGAAGCACAGGACGCAGGGUACAGGAUGUACAGAAAAAGUCAGACAACAGGCUUCCCUUCAUUAAUUACCAUUUUCUCAGCACCAAAUUACCUAGAUGUGUAUAACAACAAAGCGGCUGUAUUGAAAUAUGAAAACAAUGUCAUGAACAUUAGGCAGUUCAACUGCUCUCCUCACCCGUACUGGUUACCCAACUUUAUGGAUGUGUUUACGUGGUCACUGCCUUUUGUGGGCGAGAAAGUGACUGAGAUGUUGGUGAAUGUCUUAAACAUCUGCUCUGAUGAUGAACUCAUGUCAGAGGGAGACGACUUAUGUGAAGGUGGAACUCCAGCUGUCCGUAAGGAGGUGAUCAGAAAUAAGAUCCGUGCCAUUAAAAAUGGCAGAGUGUUUCUGAUCCUCAGGGAAGAGAGCGAGAGUGUACUGACCCUCAAAGGGCUCACCCCAACCGGAACGCUACCUCUAGGAGUGUUGUCUGGAGGCAAGCAGACCUUACAGAAUGCAGCCAUAGAAGCAAAGGAGGGUCGAGCCAUCCAAGGCUUCUCUCCUACACGGAAAAUCCGCAACUUCGAAGAAGCUCGUGGCCUGGACCGAAUAAACGAACGGAUGCCGCCUCGGAAGGACGGCCAGCAACCUGACGGUACCACAGUUAACGCUGCCAACGAGAAAAACGGCACUGAUGGGAAUGUGUAAGGGGAGAUUUUGCACUCUUCCUCUGCUCCAUAGCAUUUUCUCUUUCUCUGCCACGUUCACCACAAGAUAAGACCCCUCAACUGCUGGAUCCUGCAGAGGAGGGCCUGAGAUGUGGAGAGGAACCAUUCCACAAGACAGAGAGAGAAAUCACUUACAACUAAGUACAAACAUGAGAUUUUAUUUAUUGAAUGAAAUGUAUUAGAUGUACUAGAUAGCAACAUUUUAAAGACGAGUGAACAUUUGAAAGUGUGCAAAAAAAAAAGGUAUACAGUCACAAUGUGUCAACCUUUAAACUUCAACUACAGUUUUGUAACUUGAGAACAGAGAUGUGGGUUCAAGAUGGUGUACAGAUCAGAAGAUCUAGUUAAUCCCAGUUUUAUAAUAUUUUAUGUUACAAUGUAUUUGGCAAGGGAUGGUUUGAAUAUACUGAUGUAUGUUAUCAAUAAAUGUCUGUAAGGGAUUUAUUAAGACAAAACAAACGUAAGGGAAAUAAGUUAUACUGAAAGCCUAUCGAAAAAUAUUUUAUAUAACUGUUUAAUAAUAUUCAGUUUCAAGUAAGAUUCAGAGUAAAUGAACAUAUUAACUGCUUUGGGUUCCACAUGUCAAUUUCUACAUGGAAAAACUAGCAUUUAUAUUCAUUUUUGUCAGAUUACAGCCAGAUGACACAUCACAUGUAAGUAGCCAUAACAUUAACCUUAAAUAGGAGUUGUUUGAUUCUACUUGCAUGAGUAAAAAAAGCGAAAACAAAGCAUGUCUUUUGAAAGCACUGUCACAAUCACAUCAUCAAACUUCUGCAUCUGUACUGGAAGAUAUUUUAGUCUCUUUAGAACUAUCAUUGGGCAAACUUUCAGACAAGACUUACUUUUCCUCAUUUCAUGUCUGCCACACUUAUCUUAUUGAUGUUUUUU